CAUCAAGAACUGAAGUGUAAACAAACAAGAAAAGGCCCUGUUUCAAAUGCAAACCAUUGUAUCCUGAUCUGUUUAGGCUUACCGCUGCCCACCAGGAAGCUGAGACAAGCUUAGAGCCACCUUGGCAAUAUGCAGUACAAAUUCUGGCCAUUUUCUUCAGGCAGGAGCUGUUUUCCAACUUCAUGAGGAGAUCCUAAAGGACUGGGUACAGUCCAGGCUGCCAGUAUGCUAGAAGGAAUCUGCUUAAAACUAGCCAUUAAGAGGCACUUCACAAACUGAUACCCUGCUCUUUCAAAUCCAAGCCACCUUGUGUAGUUUAGGGGAGUUUUUUGGCACACCUUGGAUUGUGCAAAGUAGUGGUCACUGCGAGGUAAGCCUUGGUUAUGGUUCAUCACUUACAGAGGUAGGUGACACGUAGGCUUGCCAGCUGACUGAAAACCACCUUGCUAUAAUACAAAGUUAUAUAAAGGCAGUUCCUGAAAAAAUUCAUGAACAAAAUCAUACCUUAUAGCUCCCUACAAUUUUUUUUCUUUCCUCCCGUUUUAUACACCUGAGAAGAUGUGAGGACACUUGUACAACUCCUGCAGCUAAAAUCCAGUCUUUCGAGUAGAUCUUUCUCUCAGGGAAAAUCUUCUAUGAAUGGGACAGUAGUUGGUUAGACCACAUCAUGUGUACCUAUUUUUUUGGUCCACAGCUCCUGUUAUGAUGAAAAUAUCAGCCCUGUGCCUUAGAGAUUUCCUCUAAAUCAUUGGUUUAACAUGGAAGGCAUCAGUUUUAGUCUCUCUUAAAAGACUGACUUGCAUAUUCUCACGUUUUCCUGGGAGGUGGCAGUCUGGCCAGACAACAGGCAAAACUCUACUAAAUGUGAAAUGAAAGCCUAACUUAAAUUUGAGCCCUGGUUUCACCUGUUUCAGUGGAAGUGCUUGUGGCUGCACUUUAAAUAGUCCUGCAGUUCACCUCCCUUCUCCUUUUAAAGUGGGAGAGUCUAAUUACAGGGAAGGGAAAGCAGUAAAAUAAGUUCGGCUGCUGUGCACUCAGUCAGCUACUUGUGCUCUGUUACAGCAGGGUGUUACUUGGGGUACUGCAAACUUGCUGCAAAGAUGUCACGGGUGAAAAUUCCAGAGAUGGAUGAGGCAAUGCGCUCCUUCGCAGAGAAGGUCUUUGCCUCAGAGGUGAAAGAUGAGGCGAUCAGGCAAGAGAUCUCUCCUUUUGAUGUGGAAGAGAUCUGCCCCAUCUCGCGCCAGGAGAUGAGAACACACAUGAUGCUUCAGGAGAGUUCCUCCACAGCAGAAAAGCGGAGGAAGCGCAUGCUCCGCCUGAAGACAAUUGCACUGGCACUCCCUGUUGCUCAGAAGUCUAUAACCAGACUGUCCACUAUUGAUGAGGUCAUCUCUACCUCCCCCCUGUACCAAACGGUGCCUGACUUCCAGAGGGUACAGAUCACAGGGGAUUAUGCCUCUGGGGUGACAGUUGAAGAUUUUGAAGUUGUCUGCAAAGGCCUGUACCGUGCCCUGUGCAUUCGGGAGAAAUACAUGCUGAAGUCUGUGCAGAGAUUCCCCAGGACGCCAUCUCAGUACCUGCGUGCUAUUGAAGGUGAUGUCUGGAGGGCAACUGACGCUGGCCCAGUGUUCACCCCACCAGUGAAGGAUGGACAAGAUCCCUUUGAAACUGGGAAUCUCGCUGAGGACCUGGGAUACCCUCUCGAGAUGAAGGAUGGGGUAGUUUACAUCUAUGGUGACAAGGCAGCAGUUGGAAGAAAGGAGCCAAAGGACCUGCCCUACCCCUGCCUGGAGCACUUCGUUGAUGACAUGAACUUCCUCUUGGCCCUGAUUGCACAGGGGCCUGUUAAGACCUAUGCUCAUCGGCGCCUGAAGUUCCUUUCAUCCAAGUUCCAGGUGCACGAAAUGCUAAAUGAGAUGGAGGAGAUGAAAGAGCUGAAGAACAACCCCCACCGUGAUUUCUACAACUGUCGGAAGGUGGACACACAUAUCCAUGCUGCAGCCUGCAUGAACCAGAAACACCUUCUGCGUUUUAUCAAGAAAUCUUACCGUGUGGAUGCUGACCGUGUAGUUUAUGAUUCCAAGGGCAAACAGCUCACCCUGAAACAGCUUUUCCAGCAGCUCAACCUGCACCCGUAUGACCUGACAGUGGAUUCCCUGGACGUCCAUGCAGGGCGGCAGACGUUUCAGCGCUUUGACAAGUUCAAUGCCAAGUACAACCCUGUGGGUGCCAGCGAGCUGCGUGAUCUCUAUCUGAAGACAGAAAAUGCUAUCAAUGGCGAGUACUUUGCUACCAUCAUCAAGGAGGUUGGCUCUGAUCUGGAGGAUGCCAAGUACCAGUAUGCGGAGCCUCGCCUCUCAAUCUAUGGGCGAUCAGCUGAGGAGUGGCACAAGCUAGCCAGCUGGUUCAACAGGCAUCGGGUCUAUUCCCCCAAUAUGAAAUGGAUGAUCCAAGUACCUAGGAUUUAUGAUGUGUUCAGAUCUCAGAAUUUCCUCCCACACUUUGGGAAGAUGUUGGAAAAUAUCUUUGUUCCAGUGUUUGAGGCAACUGUCAAUCCUCAAACCCACAAGGAGCUGAGUGUCUUUCUACGCCAUAUCACUGGAUUUGACAGCGUGGAUGAUGAAUCCAAGCACAGCGGACAUAUGUUCUCCACUAAAAGUCCAAAGCCAGAACAGUGGACUUCUGCGAAGAACCCAUCCUAUACCUACUAUAUAUACUAUAUGUAUGCCAACAUCCUGGUGCUUAACAACCUACGCAGGCAGCGUGGUAUGAACACGUUCCUCUUCCGUCCACACUGUGGGGAAGCUGGGGCCAUCACACAUCUGCUUGCAGCCUUCAUGACAGCAGACAACAUCUCCCAUGGUCUAAACCUCAAGAAGAGCCCAGUGUUGCAGUAUCUAUACUUCCUUGCCCAAAUUCCCAUUGCUAUGUCUCCGCUCAGCAACAACAGCCUCUUCCUGGAAUAUGCUAAGAAUCCAUUGCCUGACUUCCACCAGAAGGGCCUCAUGGUGUCCCUUUCUACAGAUGACCCCAUGCAGUUUCAUUUUACCAAGGAGCCCUUGAUGGAGGAGUACGCCAUCGCUGCCCAGGUCUUCAAGCUCAGCACCUGUGACAUGUGUGAGAUCGCCAGGAACAGCGUCCUGCAGUGUGGCCUGUCCCAUGAGGAGAAAGCCAAGUUCCUGGGUGAGAACUACCAGGAGGAGGGGCCCCAAGGCAACGACAUCCGGAAGACAAACGUGGCUCAGAUCCGCAUGGCCUACCGCUACGAGACCUGGUGCUACGAGCUCAACCUCAUCGCCGAGGGCCUGAAAGCCGAGUUGUUCUAACAGGCAGUCCCUGCAGGUCUGAUACCCAGGGGUUCUUGGAGACUGCUGGGUGCUUUGGAGUCUCAUGCCAGCUUGAUACAUGCAGGGCACAGGUGAACCUGAGCAAGGCUGGAGAUGGGGUG